UCCAAUAUUAGCUUGGUGUUUGAUUUUAUGGAAACGGAUCUAGAGGUUAUUAUAAAGGAUACGAGUAUUGUGUUGACACAGUCUCACAUCAAGGCAUAUAUGCUGAUGACACUUCAAGGAUUAGAAUAUCUGCAUCAUCACUGGAUUUUGCACAGGGAUCUUAAACCAAAUAACUUGCUGUUAGAUGAAAAUGGGGUUUUAAAAUUAGCUGACUUUGGCUUGGCAAAAUCUUUUGGAAGCCCAAAUAAAGUUUAUACACACCAGGUAGUAACAAGAUGGUACCGAGCCCCAGAACUAUUGUUUGGAGCUAGAAUGUAUGGUGUUGGUGUUGAUAUGUGGGCUGUUGGUUGUAUUUUAGCUGAAUUGCUCCUCAGGGUUCCUUUUUUGCCUGGAGACUCUGAUCUUGACCAGCUGACAAGGAUAUUUGAAACACUGGGCGCUCCAACAGAAGAACAGUGGCCUGGGAUGACAAGUCUUCCAGACUAUGUCACAUUUAAAUCUUUCCCUGGAAUGCCACUUCAACAUAUCUUCAAUGCGGCUGGUGAUGAUCUGCUCAAUCUUCUUCAAGGCUUAUUCACAUUUAAUCCUUGCACUAGGGUUACAGUUACUCAGGCAUUGAAACAGAAGUAUUUCAGUAACCAACCAGGACCCACUCCAGGAAAUCAGCUGCCAAGACCCAACGGUCCUGCAGAAGCUGUAAAGGAGCAACAAAAUGCACUUUUAAAUUUAAAAAGGAAAAAACCAGAAGGAAUAGAUCAAGGAUUACGAAAAAAACUGAUGUUUUGAUUGCUGUGGAUGGUGUAUGAAAAUGAGUG